CCUGCGCGCACUGUGUGUACUCGCUUUGACAAAAACAUGGGCUUCUGCAUUUUCCUGCGUAACACAGACGAACCUCCUUUUAAUAGAUUCCUUCAUAUAAGUCGCGGUAGACGCAGAACGACAAAGAGAAGAGAAGAGGCGCAGGUCUGGAGAAGGAGCCGCAAUGUUUCUGUUUCAUUUACCCGAUGACGUGCUGUUCCUCGUCCUAUCCUACCUGGAUCACACAUCGCUCUGUCGCCUAUCUCAAACGUGCAGGAGAAGCUACCAGUUCAUCUCCAGAGACGUAAUUUGGAGGAGAAUAGCUAAAGACAUUAUCAAUACUGGGUUGACACGACAAGGAAUAGAUUUGUGUCCCUCUAUUCCUCUUAAGGACAGAGUGAGGGUAUCCCACAACUGGAUCCAUGGAGUCUGUCGCAAAGAAGUCCUUUUAAAAUGGAAGAUUAACUUGUUGCCAUGGAUACAGCUGGACUGUGAUGUGCUGUAUAUCUCUCAGGCAGCAAACAUCAGUGCAUACCAUCUGAGAGCUGAGGGGGGAAAGUUGCAGAACAAUUGCGUGGCCCUGUUCACAGGACACCAAGAAGAUGUGUGCAGAUUCACCCUGACAGACACACACCUUAUCAGUGCAGGAGGUGAUGGUAAAAUAAUUGUUCAUGACAGAGGAAGUGAUUACUCUGUUGAGUACUACGGUCACAAUCAGGAGGUGAACUGCAUUGACUCUAAAGGAGGUGUGAUUGUCAGUGGUUCCAGAGACAAAACGGCAAAGAUUUGGACUCUGACUCCAGAUCGACUCGUACAGUUCUUAUAUACAAUUCCCAUGUUUGACAGAGUGCGGUCAGUGGCCAUCAGUCCGUCUCUAUGCAACUUUGUGACCGGAACAGCCUGCUGUGAGAAUUUCGCUCCUCUUCGAAUCUGGGAUAUAGAAAGGUGUCACCUGGUGUCGUGUCUCGGUACAGAGUUCCGCCGAGGUGCAGGUGUGUUGGAUAUUGUCUACGAAUCUCCCUUCCAACUCCUCACCUGUGGAUAUGACACCUUCAUCCGUUACUGGGAUUUGCGCGUCUGCUCCAGGAAGUGUGUGAUGGAGUGGGAGGAGCCUCAUGACAGUGCCCUGUACUGUAUAAAGACAGACAAGAAUCACAUGAUUGCCAGUGGCUCAUCAUACUAUGGAGUAGUGCGCCUUUGGGACAAACGGCAAACCCGCUGUUUACAGAUGUUCCAGUUGGCACCCACCACUAGCAGCCCAGUGUACAGUCUGUGCUUCAAUACCUCUCACGUGUACGCUGCCCUGGCCUCUGUCCUUUACUCCCUUGACUUUAGAACUACAGUGUCCCAGUCCUGGAAAUAACCAUAUUUUUAUGUACAUUGUUUAUGCAUACUUUUAGGCUCAGAUAUCAUUCUUUAUCCUCAACAUGUCCUCCAAGCCCAUGGUGAAGUACCCAUCUUGCCUUUUGAAUUAUCAGUGCAGCUAAUGAUACAGUUAAGGCCUAGUGAACAUUUCCCCUGGCUUGCUCAGAGCUCCUGAGAGCGAGCAGGGUUCAUGACCUUCUGUGGCCCAAGUCUUAAUGGACUUAACACAUUGCCAGCGACCUCUGAGAUGUCUAAAACAAACACUGCUUAGAGCUGCCAGCACCCACUGAGGGGAUAUAUGCUAAGCCGCAGCUCAUAUGAUAAUAGAUAUAUUGUAACUGAAAGUAUAUUUUUCCAACAAUGAGUCAAUUAAAUGUGUUUUGUUUUCUUUUGUUUUCUUUCUUUGGUCUCAGUUAGCUGAGGCUAUGCUUGCUCAGAAUUUCUUGGUCAGUUACUGUUUACAUUGAUCCUAUUGGCACUUUUCCACUGCACGUUACGGUUCGACUCGCCUCAAGUCUACUCACUUUACUUUUCUGAGUUUGCAUUUCCACUGCAGUUUAGUGCCACCUCAACGUGGGUGGGAUUAUAGUCUGAUCGUCAUAGUUGCGCCGCCUCUACUGCCGUGACAUCAUCUUAAACACAACACAAACUGACCAAAAAAAUAACACGAUCGCUAGCUAUUAGCUACUAGCUCAUUGUGUUGCAUAAAGCAGUUUUUGCAUGGUGAUUUUACACAAGUGUAACAGUUAAAUUGGCCAGGUUGUUUUAGAAGCAAGCUUCCAGUAGCUAGUCAACUAAAUAAAGUGAAGCUUUCAAACAGAGUAUAGAGUUAAUAUAACAAAUCAUACCAUCCUCCAUCGUGGAUCAACGUUAGUCCAGAGCACUCUCCCUCCCAUUGCUCGCCGGUUUAGUUAGCGUCCAUUAGGUCAAACCACUUCCACUUUUCCUUGAUGGUUCUGUAGUCACUUUGAAUUUUUGUAUGCCAGUGUAUCAGCAGAAAAUGUUUUCAGCUGAGACACUUCCUGAGAGUCUUUUUCGUUUCGCUCAUCGCUAAAGAGUGAUGCACCUCAUUUAUUGACUACAGCGUGGUUUUGCGCACAGCCAUUUCUUUUUUCACAAUUCGAAAGUCGCAUGAACAAAUUAUACUGUUAUCACUGUUGCUAACUUUAAAACUAGCGGGUUGAUGUUGCGUGUUGGAAAUCCAGUGACGCUGGUAGUGAAUAUUCUCCCUGACCAAUCAGUGAUCUGCAGGAUUUUUACGUCACAUUUAGUAUCAGCUCGGCUCGCUUGGAACCUCGACCGAGGUGGUACUAAAAAAGGUCCGGUACCAGGUACUAUCCACAGUGGAAACCCCUAAAAAACCAAGCAGAGUUGAGUUGAGUUGUACCGUGCAGAGGAAAAGCCCCAUAUGACACCUUAGUAGUGCCCUGUUCACACAUACAGCGAUUACUUGAAUCACUGGAGGAUGCAGAAUGGCUAUAUUGUUGGUCGCUAGUUGGCAUUCCUACUGAUAGAUAUAAUGCACCAAUGACCAAUGCAUCAUAUCAUGAACAAGAUCAAAGGUUAUCAAUGCAGGAAUCAAACUCACAAUUGUUUUCCAUGCAUAAUUUCUUUAUUAUUUCCCUGCAUUUUGGUAGACAAAAAUCAUAUAGAACAGUGGAAUCUCUCACAGUAAACUUGCUUUGCACUCGACUCCAGUAUCAUAUUGAACACUAUGCCUGUCGCGAUUAUUAAAUAACCGUCCGUUCGCGGUUAUUUGAUCUUACCCCGGUUAUUUGAGACAACCGCGAUUAUUGGGCAUUCAAAUUCCAAUCACAUUUAAAUGCCCAAGUUAGGGUAUUUUAAGCAAAUAUGCUGUACUUUAUAAAUACCAUGUAUGGUGCGUUCACUGGUCAUUCACUCCGAGUCCAAGCGUCCUGGGCCGCAACAUCAAAUAGCUCCUGUCCAGAAGAGCGUGUGAAGCGCUCUGUUUUGUGUUUAAGUAUUUAGAAUUAUUUUGAUAUUAUAUAUUUGAAUUUAAAUAUGUAAAAAUGACUUGAGGUGUAUGAAGCACACCUUAAGAAAUAUGACAAUUUAUACUUUAUUAUAAUGAAUUUUGAAAGCCAUUAAAGAGACAAUUAAUCGUCUUAGCCCUAAAGCAGACAAUUCAUUGUCAUAAUCGCAGUUAUAUGUUUGACAAUUUAUCAUCAGACAAAUGUCAUAAUCUUGACAGCCCUCCAGGAGACUGAUCACAGGAGCUUCUAUGCCUUCUGUUAGUAGUCGCUAACUAAUUAUUGAACCACAGUCAAUUUCUCACUGCAAAUCGCUGCAUGUGUGAAUGCAGCUAAAGACUUAAGUGUCAUAAUUGUUUGUGUUACAUAUGUUUUAAUAAUUGCACUCUGGUGUUCCUAAAGAGGCAGGGAAGACAUUUGCUGACCCUGUAAGUGUUUUCGACUAAUGUUAUAUACAUCGUAAAGUGAGAAAUCUGAGGUCAAAUGUUAGGCCUUAAAGGCUAUGGAUGGCUGCUUGGUCUGUGCCAGAGCAGACAAUUGCAGAAGGGGAACAGAAUAACCAAAGACCCAAAGAAGAUGGCAACAUGCCUCUUCUUUCUCUUUUUUUCUUAAAGCACUGUGUUACAGCAAAGAAAUAGCUUAGUGCAGGACCAUCCAAAAGCAGCUAGCAAUGGCCUGCACUGACACAGUUAAUCCAUUCCAUCCCAAACACAAAUAUCUCAUCCUUCUGUUGUAAAGCCCCCUUGGAUUUGACUCCAGGCAGGUCUCUCUUCCUUUGGAAUUCCUCUGUAAUACCUCAUAGGAAUAUAUCCUUUAUUCAUCCUGAACAACUCAGGGGUGUAAAAGAAAAACAAAUGUGUGUAUUAAAAAAAGACAAAAUAGGCUGCAGAAGUGAGAGGAAAAAAAAAAGGGUUAUGUACUAAGGAAUUAUUUUAGCUAAAUCUGAAUAUUCAGAGGUAUUGAUGAUUGUGGCCUUGUUGGACUCAUAACAGAUUAAAUAUCUGACUGUGUUGACAGAUUAGCUUUGAAACCUUAUAAAAGUUUUUUUUUUUAAUGACCUUUGACCUUCUGCCAGGUCAUAGUAGCAGUAUUUAUAUUUAUGCUUAUCUUUAUUUUAAUAUAUAUUGUCAUCUUUAUGAAAUAUUGAGUUAUAGUCUGAGUACAGGUGGUCGAUAGUGUGUGAAAUGUCAAACUUUGAAUACAUUUCAAAUACAAGAUGGUGCAUUUGUGAUUAGCUUGUAAUUCAUUUACAUUUCACAUUGGAAAUGUUGCCAUUUUAAUUGCAGGCAAAAACUAUUUGUCUCAGGGAUCAAUGUUAUAAACAAAUACAUAUGUCUGGGUGUGAAA